AUGGACUCCGAAGAGAGGGAUGCCACUGGCCCUGAAAAGAAGGCAUGCAAUUAUUUGCAUGCCGGUCUAAAGACAUUGUACAAUGGUUCUACGACGGCGGCGACGACGACGCCGUCGACGACGUCGUCGUCAGGAACCAUCAGCCUGAAGGACAACCCACUGUUGAGACAAACAGUGGGUUGUUUAUUACUUCACGCUUAUGCAAAGAAAAUGAAAGAAACAUCAACCUGUGUUAUCGAUUCUGGUAUAGCGAAGGCAUUCAAGGCAUGGAAUGAAGAUAAUAAAUCUACUUGCAAGGACAAUGGCACAAAACCUUGUGUUCCGUGCGAAUGGAAUGAAGACAUCCUUGAAAGUUGCCACAUUCACACAACUGAUGCCACUAGAACAAACCAAACCGCAGUAAAGAGUAAAUUAACACAAGUUCAGGGCAACAUUGACCGCAUCUCGAAUAUCAACCUAAAGGACAUAAAUAAAAUGUCCACUUUAUGCGAUUACAUUAGAUGUGUUGGACCCAAAUGGUUCAAAAACAAGGCAAAAACGACGAAUGGAAAUAUUAUUGCAACCAAGGAUUGGUGUAACUUUUGGGAGGAGGAAGGCGUCAGAACAACAUUGCAAGAUAUGUUCCAGAAGAUCGUGUUGGAUGUAAGUAACACAUCAGGGGCAAACACUAAUAACGCAACAUGCAGAAUCUUUGGGGAUAAUAAUCCUGAUAGUGUCGAAAGAAAAGCUUGCAAUCAUAUCGCGGCUGGAUUAAAAUACAUUAAAAACAUUCCAUCAAAUGUUAGUGGUAGUGGUAGUGUUGGUGCUGCUGCUGCUGCUCCUGCUCCUGCUGCUCCUGCUCCUGCUGCCAAUCAGAACGGCCAUCAGCAUGAUGAUAACUUUUUUAAACAAUCUAUGAUGUGCGCAGCACUUAACCUUUACGCAACUAAAAUAAAAAAGGCGUCUGAGGAGAAAUGUCCUAUUGAUGAGAAAAAAAUAGAAGCUAUGUUCGAAACAUGGAACCGAAUUAAUAAUUCUUCAUGUAAUGCUGUUCGUAGUGCUAGUAAAAAUAAUUGUUUUCUUUGCUCAAGGCAAAAGGAAGAAUUUAAUAAUUGCAAACUAAGUGUUUCCAAAACUUUAAUUAAUACAACAUCAACACAAACAAAUGGAGAUUGCGAAACUAACGCAACUAAAGUGAAGACUAAAAUGGAAGGUCUCCUCAACGACUCUAAAACCACCAAAAUGAAGGAAACAUUAUCCACUAUCACUAACAUGGACUCUUUCUGUAGUAAAAUGCAAUGUGCAGCAAAACAAUACCACAAAAAUAAACAUAAUGGCGCGCAGCCCAAAACGACGCUAUCAUGG